AUGGCGGAAGCAAAUCUACCCGAAGAGGUUAUAGUGAAUAUCAUUUCCAGGCUGCCGGUGAAAUCCUUGCUCCGAUUCACCUCUGUCUCAAAGCAGUGGCGUUCAAUCAUAUUGCUCGACAAACAAUUCGAAAAUGAGCUUCGGAGGAACAAAACCCUCACUCGCAGCCUGCUGUUGUGCUCAUGGCCGCCUCAGCUGGAAUCGCUCGACUUGGAAAUGACGUCGUUUAGAAAGCUGAAUUUCCCUUUCGAUCGAGCCGGUGGCUCUGUGGCACUACUGGGCUCCUGCAAUGGUCUGGUAUUUGCAUUUGUGUUCAAUCGCAAGGUUUUCUAUGUCUUUAACCCAUUAACUGGAUUCGUGAAGGAGUUACCUAGCACAGAUUAUUAUUUCAGAAAUGUCCGUUUACAUGAUUAUGGUGUUAUUUUAAGUGCUUAUGGUGUUGGCUAUUUACCGGCGACCGACGAGUAUAAAGUUAUUGUAAAAUAUUCUUAUUAUAAUAAUGAGGAGGAUGAGGAUGAGGAUGAGGAUGAUGAGGAGGACGGUUUAAGUUUCGAGAUCAUCUCAUCAAAAGAUCAGAGUUGGAGAAGAAUUAGAGGCCCCGAGGAUGAGCACUUAACUGGCCAGAAGGGGACUCUUGUCAAUGAGGCACUUCAUUGGCUAAAUGGGCCAAAGCCGAGGAAACCAUAUGAAAUAGUUGCUUUUGAUUUCGCCAAGGAAGAGUUUCGGAAAAUGGAGCUGCCUAAUUACGCCCAAGAUGGGAAGGAUUUCAGCUAUCUCGGGGUUUGCGCUGGAGGAUGCUUGUGUGUGUCGCGUUAUCCGUUUCAUGAUUGUGAUUCCAUUGAUUUUUGGGUCAUGACAGAAUAUGGGGUGAGUGAGUCGUGGACUAAGCUCUUUAGCUUGAGGUUUUCAAACCCGGAACGCUUAUGGACAUUGAGGGCAUUCUUGAUCACGGAAAACUAUACAGUUGCCAGGAUAUUUUCUGGAACUUCGUCAACAAUCAUAAGGAUCUCUCAUAAACAAGAAGAAGGAGAAGAAGAGCCUAGUUUUGAUAUAUUUCACAAUGCCCUUUGGUCUGACGUAAUUGAAUAUGAGGAGAGCCUAGUUUCAGUCAGUGGUUACAAUGGGUUUUGA